AUGAAUUCUCCUCAAAAUUGCAGUGCAGUCGUUGUGGGAGCCGGCCCCGCCGGCUUGGCUGUCGUGGGGAAUUUGCUGGAGCAACUAGGAGGGAAAGUUGCCUGGAUUGACCCGAUCUUCCAAGGGGGUCGAGUCAACCGCAAAUACCGAGAAGUUCCUAGCAACACCAAAGUGUCGCUAUUUCAAGCAUAUGCCACCGCGGUUCAACCAUUUCGUUCCGUCAUCAACAACACCCGCAUUCCCAGUCCAUUCUCGACGAUGGCCAAACUUGACCAGGAGAAAACCUGCCAUCUGCACCAUGCUGCGGAUAUGCUCAAGGGUCUGUCGGACGGCAUCGUAAAAAUGGAUCAGGUGAUGGCCUAUCGGGGAGUUGUCACUGCCGCCAAUUUGGCUGAAAAUACGUCGAUGUGGACCGUGCGGAUCAUGCGUCGAGACUCUCUCGACGAGUUCGAGGUGGCCACACCACGACUUAUCUUUUGCACAGGAUCGUCGCCGUCGCAGGUCUCGAUGCCCGUUUCUGGACUCGAUAUCCGGAGACUGGACCUAGAUGUAGUUCUGAAACCCAGUGAUCUUGUCACGUACCUCCCCCGCGAUAUACCCCAGACGGUCGCGGUCGUCGGGGCUUCUCAUAGUGCCAUUCUUGCCCUCCUCAACCUGGUAGAAUUGGCUCGCAGCACACACCCCCAGCUACGAGUGAAGUGGUUCACUCGCCAUCCACUCCGGUAUGCCGAGUACAUGGAUGGCUGGAUCCUCCGAGACAACACGGGUCUCAAGGGUCUAGCGGCGGACUUUGCUCGCCAGCAAUUGGAGGACGAGCAGCUACCCCAGUCCGAAGCGGGCCGGUUCAUCACGAAGGUGGACUGCGGGGGAGGCCAAGAGAUGGCGCAGUAUAAGCAGCACUUGCCGUCGUGCUCGCAUUUCGUCCAGGCCGUCGGAUUCACCCGGGAUCCGUUGCCCGAGUUGUCUGUCGACGGCGAGUCUUUGCAGUUGGAGUUCGACUCGGAAUCGGGCGGCUUCCAUGACGGGAAAGGACGACCGGUUCCGGGCCUCCAUGGCGCAGGCAUCGCCUUUCCUGAACGGGUCGUCGAUCCGCAUGGCAACGUCGAACACGCCGUCGGCUUCUGGAAAUUCAUGAAGUAUCUCCAGCGCGUCUGUCCCCAGUGGGCCGCGUCCCAAUGA